AUGUGGGGAACUGUGUGUCAUGAUGACUGGGACGAUCCUGAUGCUAAAGUGGUGUGUAAAGAAGUGGGCUGUGGACCGCUUAUAGAACCCAAAAAAGAUGCAUUUUUUGGAGAGGGCUCAUUACCGAUAUUAAUGAAUAAAGCUGAAUGUGUUGACACUGAAUCCAGACUGAUAGAUUGUCCGGCAGAGAAAGGCCAAACAGCAGCGUGUGAUCACAACAAAGAUGCUGGAGUCAUUUGUAUGCCCAAAGUUAGGUUGGUGAAUGGCAUCAACUCUUGUUCUGGGCGAGUGGAGGUUUUUCAUGAUAAUCAGUGGGAUGCAGUGUGUGAUGAUGGCUGGGAUGCUGCAGAUGCUGCUGUGGUUUGUAGAGAGCUGGGCUGUGGAGAUGUUAUAGAGGUGAAGAAAGGCAGUUACUUUGGAUCAAACACAAUAUGGAUGCAAGAUGUACAAUGUGUCGGAAACGAGUCGACGCUGAGCAGCUGUGCAUCUAAUAAUGGACCGGUAGAUGUACUUGACUCUAUCUCCCUAACCAGUGCUGGAGUCAUUUGUCAGUCCCAUAUCAGGUUGGUAAAUGGCAUUAACUCUUGUUCUGGACGACUGGAGGUUUACCAUGAUGGACGAUGGGGAACAGUGUGUGAUAAUAACUGGAAUCUGUCAGAUGCUGCAGUGGUAUGUAAAGAACUGGGCUGUGGGGUUGCCAUAGAGGAAAAGACAGGUGCCUAUUUUGGCCAAGGCUCAGGACCGGUGUGGAUAAAGGAUUUAAAUUGCUCAAAUACUGACAAAAGUACGGUAAGAAACUGUAAAUCAGAGCCAUGGGGAGUAAACGAUUGUGGACAUGAGAAGGAUGCCGGAGUUAUCUGUGAAUACCCAGUCAGGCUGGUUACUGAUCCCAACACUUGUUCUGGACGGGUUGAGAUUUAUCAUAAUGAUCAGUGGGGAGGAGUGUGUUAUGAUAAUGGCUGGGAUCUAUCAGAAGCCACAGUGGUCUGUAGAGAACUGGGCUGUGGAGACGUUUCACAUGUGAUUAGCGUUUCAUCUUCAUUAUUAGAUCCAGCAUUUAUAAGUAAUGUAAACUGUGCUGGGAAUGAGUCUACACUGAUGAGCUGUGCAAGUGUUUGGUUUACAAGCACCUGUUUACUUAGCGGGCAUGCUGGAGUCACAUGCAGAACAAUAAAGGUAGUAAAUGGACCCAGCAAAUGUUCUGGAGCAGUACAGGUUCUUCAUGAGAGACAGUGGGGCGCAGUGUGUCAUGAAAGUUGGGAUGAAACCGAUGCCUCUGUGGUUUGCAGAGAGCUGGGAUGCAGUGGAUAUGUGGAGGCAAAGCCGAAUGCCUUUUUUGGUCAGGUGGUGCAACAGACAUGGAUAAAAAACGUUCAUUGCAAUGGAAGUGAGAAUUCACUUGUGCAAUGUGCCUCUGAAUUAGGAAACAACCUCUGUGGUCCUGAAAGUCAUGCAGGAGUCGUAUGUGAAGAAGUGACUUAUAAAUUUACAAUGAGAAUUAAGGUGACAAGUGACCCUGCAGUAGACCUAAAUGACCUUGUCUUCAGAAAGGUCAUUUUGGAAAAGAUAACAGAGAAGCUACAAGCACAGGGAAAUUUCACCCUCAGAUGGAAAACUAUGUCCAAUGGAAACAUCUUCCAGCUGAAAUAA